CCUCUUUGUUAAAGAAACACUACAAAUAAAUAAGGUAUUAGCUCCGAACUUCGUUGUUAAUUUGUCACUGAGUUGCUGGUAGCUAACAAAUUAUUUUGAUAACCUGUCACUAAUCCGACGGAUUAGUGAUAAAUUUUGUUGUUUAGCUACAAAAUUUGUCUGUUGGUAAUUCAUAUUUUCUUAGUAGUGAGAUAAAAUGGUGAAACUGGAACAGGAGGAUGAAAAUGAACACAAGGGCACAGGAUUUUUCAUCAAUGACAAUGUUGAUGUGCUGAUAGAAAUACUGCAAAGGCUCGAUGGUGGCUCUUUAGGGGUAGCUGCAUGUGUUUGUAAGCUAUGGUGUUCCAUUACUAGAAACGAUUCUCUUUGGGAGCCCCUUUGCUUCCGCCACGUGUCUCCUCCACCUGAGGGCGUGAGGACGGUGGUGUUGGCUCUCGGAGGGUACCGAAGACUUUACAUGGUGUGUGUUAAGCCGGUCUUAGACCGGCUCAGGAAGUCCAAACUCAGAAGAGUUUGGACUCAGCAUGAAGUGGGACUUUCGUUAUCGUUGUUUUGUGUGGAUUAUUAUGAAAGAGUGUUUUUGGGUGGCGGUGGCGGUGGAAGACUCGGAGGUGGUGGCAGAGGCGGUGGUGCUGCGGCAGCAUCCUCGCUUAUGUUCCUAUGCAACGCCGUGAAUGUUUAAGAAGUUGAAAUCAUUUCUAUUGUAGUAAGGUGGCAAGUCCCUUCCGAGACAUCCGAUAAAAUUGGAACGAUACACAAAAGAUUAAUAUGGCCCUCGCAUAAGAAAGACACUCACAAAUUGAGAAAUGGUCCAAGUUUAUAGUAAGGUGGC